AUGGAUGUAGGGGAGACCGACCUCCGUCGCAGAAGGCCUCGUGUGGACCUGCAAGAUGACGAUAAUCUCGAGGAAAACCAGAAGUCAGUCACCGAGCUAGAUCAGGAGGACAAGGUCUUCAAAAUGACCGAGUCGGGAGGCACAGUAGGCUUCAAGAAGGGAGCGGCAUCGCUUAAAGACUGGGGCCCCAACCAUCAUACAUGGACGAGCUGCUUCCUUACAUAUCUAGCCGUCAUAGGAUAUCUCUUUAGCGAGAAACAUCCAAAGGCAGUCCCCAACCUACUCAUGUUCAUGAGGCAGAUCCUGGACUUCGCUCAAACCUAUCAGUGGUCAGAAGCAGUACUGCCGCUCGCCCUCAACUUCUACCAAUACAUUCCGGAUAAGGGAGAGCUGUCGACAGAGAACAACCUUAUCACAGCCCCAUUUCGCGAAAAAUAUCUCCGUCAUAAUCUUACCCUGCCUGCGAAGCCACCAGCAAACCCUUCAGCCUGA